AUAAUCUAGAUUUUUUCUUUCUGAUUGUGAUGAUCAGAACUGUUUGUUGACGGCACUGUCAAUAAAUUGAUAAGACUUCAUGGCUUCCUGCCUUUAAUAUGUACAACGUCAUCAAAUAUAGAACAUUUUACUACAAUUUGAGAAAUCUUAUGAUAUAGCGACACGCUUUGGUAGUUUUCACUUCUUUUCAUACACACAACUACCGAUCAUGUGGACGAAACAUUAUUUCAGUUUUCGAUAUAUGCUGUUAACAGUGUGCGUUUAUUGAAACCGUGAAUGAAGCAUUUGUUGUGACCAGUUGGUAUAUAAGGUAUUAUUUCACCGGAUUAAAUUUCGGACAAGAUGUCGGACCCCAACAGGAAGUUGAUAACCGUUAUGCUCGUGCUAGUCUGGAUAUCCAUGGGCAUGUUUUUCGAGGUCGGAGGACCCACUAUGGUUGAUCUACGCAUGAAGUACAACACUUCUUCCGCCGACAUUGCGCGCUCAGUCUCCGCCCAGGGUUUCGGGAUAUUCGCCGGCGCGCUUGCAGGCGGGCUUGUCAUAGACGCCAUGAGGACGUGGAAGUUCCUUGUGGUGACGCUGGCGGAAACCAUAGCAAUUGUCGCCGUCAUCUUGAUGCCCUUCGUCGCCUCCCUGACCUGGCUCUGGGUCAUGUUCUUUUCGGUCGGAACAGCCGCAGGGCUUAUCAACGUCGCCGGCCAGCGGAUGUUGAUAGAAAUGUGGCGAGACGAGGCCGCAUCUCCCAUGCACGUCAUUCAAAUGGGCUUCGGAAUUGGCGCUCUGAUAGCACCACUCAUUAUUAAUCCAUUCCUCGCCGUUUUGGAGUUAAAAUCAGACGGUCUCGUCAAUGCAUCGAGCAAUGAUGCCACCCUCCCAGGCGGCAGUGAAUUGACCGUCAUUAAAGAAUCCCGAGUGGACGUUGCUUUUGUCACCAUCGGUCUGUGCUCGGCGACACUAGCGCUACCGUUUUUCUUUUACCCCUUCGUGAAGUGCUUCCGGCGCCACAAGGACAAGUAUCAGAACAUUGACGAAACGGAAGAGAGCACUGUUGCGCCUGCGAAGAACGGGAUUGUUAAGCGGGUGCUGAUUAUUCUGAACCCAGCGUCUUACGCUGACGGGAAUUUUACGUUCGGACUCACUGUGUUUGUGUUCAUCAUUCUUUUGUACAUAAAUCUCGUAGGUGGGGAACAGAUGUUCGGAAAUUUCGUGCGCACAUUCUCUGUGGAUGAACUUCAAUUCGCCCGUACAGAGGCUUCAUAUCUUGACACAGUUUUCUGGGGCAGCUUCACGAUUGGGCGACUCGCAGGCUCCGUUUUAGCUUACCUUAUUUCAAUACGCAAGCUAUUUCUGUUGGAUUUAUUUAUGAACCUUUUAGCUAUAACCUUCGCGGAUAUUUUCGCAACGCGAGGGAAGAACUUUUUAUGGGCAUCCACUGCAGUAGUCGGUUUCUUCAUUGCGCCGCUCUUUCCGGCCGGUAUCGCGUACGUUAAUACGCAGAUAGAGGUUGGUGGAAUGGUGCUGACGCUGGUUAUGUUCGCCACAGGCUUCGGUCAACUUCUCUAUAUUUGGAUUGAGGGCGUUCUUUACGUAGCGUAUGGACCUAGGACGAUUCUCUACGCUCUGCAAUUCUCUGCAAUAUUCGUGUUCCUUAUCUCAGUUAUAUUUGUCGCAAUAAGUUGGACACGAAAGCGAUACGUGAACAAUGAGGACCAAACGCUGGUUGUGACGUCGGGUCAUGACGUCAAGAUGACGUCGGAUUUGCGGUACAGUGAUUUGAGCACUAGUAACUGACAUGAUUAUGAUAUUUUAACAGUGCGUACUUGUUAUACAUAGAUGUACGUAAUAAUGAUAUUUUUCAGUGUUAAUUGUUUACUAUAAUCAUCGAAAAUAUUGAUUAUGAACUAUAAUGUUCUUCUGGUCGUGCAACGACUCUUAAAGAUGUCCAAUACAAACGAAGUUAAACAGUUGAAUACCCUGCGUUGUUAGAUACCCUGAUGUGUCGUUAACAGCGUUAUUUAUGUUAGCCGAAAUCAUCAUAAUUAAAAAGGUUUAGAGGUCACUAAA